GAAUCCGUUGCGGCCUAGCACUCCCGGUGCUGUAUCCGGUACUCCGGGUGUCAUUUCCGGUAUUCCGGGUGUUGUUUCCGGUAUUCCGGGUGUUGUUUCCGGUGUUGGGGGUGUUGUUUCCGGUAUUCCGGGUGUUGUUUCCGGUAUUCCGGGUGUUGUUUCCGGUUUUGGGGGUGUUGUUUCCGGUAUUCCGGGUGUUGUUUCCGGUGUUGGGGGUGUUGUUUCCGGUAUUCCCGGUGUCGGGUCCCAUGUCGGACACGUGGAGCUCCAUCCAGGCCCAUAAGAAGCAGUUGGAUUCGCUGCGGGAGAGGCUGCAGAGGAGGAGGAAGCAGGAGCAGAGCGGUGAGGAAUGGGGCCAGCCUCUGACGUCAGCGCUGACGUCACCGCGGCCCCGCCCCCCCUCCGAUGACGUCACCGCCGCUGACCCCGCCCUCGAGCGCCGGCUCCUCCUCCUGCUCUCUGACCCCCCCGUGACCCUGCCGGCUGAUGCUGAUGCCCUCUGCCGCGUCAUGGCCGCCGAUGACGUCAUCGCCCCGCGCCGCGCCGUCGAGAGCCUCCUGCAGAAGUUCGCGGCCCAGGAGCUGAUCGAGGUCCGGGGGGGGGGGGGGGCGGAGCAAGAGGGGGGAGGGGCUACAGGGGGAGGGGCCGCGGGGGGGGAGGGGCUGAAGAGGAGCAGGAAGAUGGCGUCGGAUGUGGACCUGGAGAUCGAGAGGCUGCUGAGCCAACAGUCAACAAGGGAGCAGCAGAGCAAGAAGGUGAGCCAGGAGAUCCUGGAGCUGCUCCACGCCAGCACCGCCAAGGAACAGUCCAUAGUGGACAAGUUCCGGUCUCGAGGCCGAGCCCAAGUGCAGGAAUUCUGUGACUAUGGAACCAAGGAGGAAUGUGUGAGAGCCAGCGGGGGGGAGAGAGCCUGCCGCAGGCUGCACUUCCGCCGCAUCAUCAACAAGCACACGGACGAGUCCCUUGGUGACUGCUCCUUCCUCAACACCUGCUUCCAUAUGGACACCUGCAAGUACGUCCACUAUGAGAUCGAUGCCGGCCCCACAGCUGCCCCACACUGCCCCAUAGCGCCGGCCCCACGGCAGCGCAGCCCUGCCCCCAAGGAGGGGGGCGAUGGGGGCGUCGAUCGGCUCUUCCCACCCCAGUGGAUCUGCUGUGACAUCCGGUACCUGGACGUCAGCAUCCUGGGCAAGUUCUCGGUGGUCAUGGCCGACCCCCCCUGGGACAUCCACAUGGAGCUGCCCUAUGGGACCCUGACCGACGACGAGAUGAGGAGACUGAACAUCCCAGUGCUGCAGGACGAGGGGUUCCUGUUCCUAUGGGUCACAGGCAGGGCCAUGGAGCUGGGCCGCGAAUGCCUCAACCUUUGGGGCUAUGAGAGGGUGGAUGAGAUCAUCUGGGUGAAGACCAACCAGUUGCAGAGGAUCAUCCGAACUGGGCGCACUGGGCACUGGCUUAACCAUGGCAAGGAGCAUUGCUUGGUGGGGGUUAAAGGCAACCCCCAAGGCUUCAACCGCGGCUUGGACUGUGACGUCAUCGUGGCCGAGGUGCGGUCCACGAGCCACAAGCCGGAUGAGAUCUAUGGGAUGAUCGAGAGGCUCUCGCCUGGAACCAGGAAGAUUGAGCUCUUUGGGAGGCCCCAUAAUGUCCAACCUAACUGGAUCACGCUAGGGAACCAGCUGGACGGGAUCCACCUGCUGGACCCGGAUGUGGUUGCUCAGUUCAAGCAGCUCUAUCCGGAUGGAGUCAUCUCCAAACCCAAAAACCUCUAAUUUCACCCCUCGUUUUGGGCUGAAAAACGACGAUUUUGGGGCCACAAUAAAGGACUAUGGGAAGGGAGGAGA